GUCUGUGUGCCGCCAGGGGCGGGGCUUGCGCCGUUGUCACCCGAGAAGAGGCGAUGGCGGAGUCGAUGAGGUCUCCGCGCCGCUCCCUGUAUAAACUGGUGGGCUCGCCGCCUUGGAAAGAGGCUUUUCGGCAGAGAUGCCUGGAGAGAAUGAGAAACAGCCGGGACAGGGUCCUAAACAGGUACCGCCAGGCUGGAAGCAGUAUGCCUGGGAAGGCUCAGAACACCUUUCUAGUGCAAGAGGUGAUGGAAGAAGAGUGGAAUGCUUUGCAGUCAGUGGAGAAUUGUCCAGAAGACUUGGCUCAGUUGGAGGAGCUGAUAGACAUGGCUGUGCUGGAGGAAAUCCAACAGGAGCUGAUCGAGCAAGAGCAGUCCAUCAUCAGCGAGUAUGAGAAGAGCUUGCAGUUUGAUGAAAAGUGUCUCAGUGUCAUGCUGGCUGAGUGGGAGGCAAACCCUCUCAUCUGUCCUGUAUGUACAAAGUUUGAAGAUCCAGGUCUGGUGGCCAUGAUGCUCUGGGAUCCUAAUUCUGCUUCUAGGUACAACCUGAGAAUCACAGGCGGUGUGGUCGUGUGUCAGUGUGGCCUGUCCAUCCCAUCUCAUUCUUCUGAGUUGACAGAGCAGAAGCUUCGUGCCUGUUUAGAGGGUAGUAUAAAUGAGCACAGUGCACAUUGUCCCCACACACCUGAAUUUUCAGUCACUGGAGGAACAGAAGAAAAGUCCAGUCUUCUCAUGAGCUGUCUGGCUUGUGAUACUUGGGCUGUAAUCCUCUAGAGCCAGCUUGGAGUCACAUCAUUCUAUCCAGUUGAAGACAACUCAUUCCCUCUGAGGAGCCUUGUACAUAUAAGUCUUUUAUUUCUAACUUAUUUUAUAUUGAAAUUUUUCAACGAUACUGAAUGAAAAAAAAAGAAAACCUUUCCCAGUAUCUGUUUUUGUUUUUUUGUGACGCAGGUUUAAGGGGGAGGAAUAGAAAAGACAAACUGCCUUGGAGGAGAUAAACCAAUUUUAUUGUCUAUUAUGUUAUACAAAAAUCUACAAAUAAUAGAUUUGUACAGAAAAAAAUGGUAAUAAAUGAGAGCGUAAAACAUAUAA